CUUCGUUCCCCGACCAUGGAAGAACAACUGAGAGAGAUUGUUCCGUUUCUGCGAGAUAAGAAUCCUCAAGUACGGCACCUCGCGCUCUCAACUCUGCUACCGCAAACUGCGAAGGAUGCACCGCACAGAAAUAUAUUUCUCUCUGGUGUACAGUCAGGCGGCCUCCAAAAGCCUAAGGAGGCAGACAUAAUCAAGGAUUUGAAGUUGCUUUGUCGUGACCAGCUGGCUGUAGCGCAUGAUGCGUUCAAAGCGCUCGUGAAUUUGACCGACUCGCCUUUGGUUGCUCAAAUGCUGUCAGAUGCCAACUUUUUAAACUUCAUAGUGUCCUAUAUCAUAAAUCCAGAUGCUAUUCUGGCAGAUCUGGCAUCAAUGUUACUCUCAAAUCUAACGGCGUCCUCGGGGGCAUGUUCUAUGAUUAUAUCUAUGAACGUGAACGUAAUUUCGGAUCCAAAAGUCAAAAAUUCGUUCUAUCCCACUCAGUCACGGAGUGGAUCGUGUCCUGCACCAGUUCCAUAUCCCUCGGGAAAAACGAGCGAUGCUCUCGCAUUACCACUACUGCUAGAUGCUUUCGUUCAAGGUGCUCAGUUUAAACAAACCGAUGAUCCCUCAAAGCAUUUGCGCAAGAGCGAACUCCAUUUCUUGGCCAGCGUUUUCGCUAAUGUUGCGUCGUCAUCCGGUGGACGUAGUUUCUUCUUGACCCCAAGACCAGCUAACUUCCUAAAACCGAACGACUCAAUUGAAUAUCCUUUAGCCAAAUUGGUAACAUUUACUGAGCAUAAGGACACUAUUCGAAGAGGUGGUGUCGCAAAUACAAUAAAGAAUUGUUCAUUUCACUCAGCAGGUCAUCGCGCUAUGCUCACUCCCGAAGAUACACUCGUAGCGGUUCCACCAUCAACUGUCGAAGCGCCAGGAAUUGACGUUCUGCCAUACUUGCUCCUGCCUUUAGCCGGUCCUGAAGAGUUUGACUUGGAGGAUCAAGAAAAGCUGCCGGAAGCUCUUCAGUUCUUACCUUCAGACAAAACCAGGGAGCCCGAUCCGGUGAUCAGGCUAGCGCACGUCGAGACGUUGCUUCUUUGUUGCCAUAUACGUUGGGGACGCGACUACCUGCGCGCACAUGGUGUCUAUGAGAUCAUAAGAGCUACACACGAAAAUGAGACUGUCGACAAGAUUUCGGAACAUAUCGAGAGACUCGUCAAUCUCCUCCAACGUGAUGAGCCUUCAGAGCAAGUGGAGAAAGUGUCGGAAGAUCUUGUCAAUGCGCACAUUGAAGAGGAUGACGAUGAGGAUAGUAAAAUCGAAGAAGUCUAAUC